UCGCAGAACAAUAAAAUUGCCGGUUUGUUUUUGUUGAUCAGCGAACCAAUUUGUGUGGGCGAUAACAAAACUAGGUUGUAAACCGUCAAUUAUCAAAGCUUAUCAAAUCGGCCCACGAACUUAUCGUACAAUAAUCGCACACUCGCCACAAGCAACAAGAUGCCGCAAUACAUGCCGAUACAGGGCUACAAGCAGCUGGAGGAUGCACUGAAAGUGCACGCGAAACCCAAUUGCCUUAUUUAUAUCUAUUUCUUUGGCGAGAAGGACAGCAAUGGCCAAAGCUGGUGUCCCGAUUGCGUAGCCGUUGAGGAGACCGUAAAUACCGCAUUUCGUGAAUAUUCGCAUCAGAAUUCGUUGAUUUUCACCGUCGACGUUGGCAAUCGGCUGGCAUGGAAAGAUACCGUUGACAACAAGUUCCGUCAGCCUCCAUAUUCCUUGGUGGAGAUACCCACGCUCAUUCGCUGGCAGGGCGCGGAACGUUUGGCCGGCGCCCAGCUGAAGAAGGACGAUUUGUUGCGGCUCUUUUUCGAUGAGGCCAAAACGCAGAGCGCCACAGAUAAAACCGUUUUAUGCCAAUAACUCAAUAAGUUAUUCUUUUUCUUUUCUGUUUUUCUUUUCUGUUGUGAUUAAAUGUUUUUCAAAUU